AGGAAGCCGGAGGCGCUCCGUCGACCUCACCCAGGGGGGGUCCGAGCAGAGGCCGAGUGGUCGGGGGGGGGGCUGCCCCUCCUGGCCGUCUCCACCGCGCAUGCCCCCAUAGGCUUGCCUUCCGGAGCUGCAUCUCCCCGCACGCAGGGCUGCGGCCCAUCACCCUCCCCGGGGGGGGACGACUUCCUGGCACAGCUCUGCCCCCCCCCCGCCCGCCCGGAGACUGCUGCUGCUGCUGCCGGACCUCCUUUCUCCUCAUGGCCCGCAGCUCUCCCCCCUCCAGCCAUUCCCUUUUGGGACCGAGAAAGAGGAGCCGCCGCCCGUCUCGGCCAUCAUGAUGCAGUGGUUCCGGGGCCGGGGCGCGCCGCUGGUGCUCUGGCAGUGCAGCUUCUGGAAUGUGGAGAAGACCCUGAGCAACAAGUUCCAGCAGAACAAGCACUUCCCCUUCCAGGUGCAGCAGCCCAACGUGUUUGUGAUGGAGUAUUAUAAGGAGAGUCUGUGGAAGGGGCUGCUGGUGUUUCUGGUGUUUCUGGCCUUGACCAUCGCCUACUUCUACACCGCAAGCGAGCAGAGGACCCAAGACCUCUCUGCUGGGCUCUUCUUUGGCAUGUUGAUGGGAGUGUGGCUGAUCCUCAGCAGCAUGAACAAGCGCAGGCUGAUCAUCAACCACGUCAAGGGGGUCUACCAGUUCUACAUCAAGGGCCGCCUCUGGCACGAGAGUCCUUUGCACCAGAUCUACGUGCGCCUGAUGCCCCAGAGUGACGCCCACGGGAAGCUUUUCUUCAGCCUCAUCAUCAACGGAUACCACCUGGAGAUGCUCACCUUGGCUGACCUUUCGAACAAGUAUCAGGAGAUGGAUGUCAUGGGACGCCGCCUUGCCCGUAACCUGAACCUCAACUACUUUGACUACAAGGACAUCUCCACCCGCCACGUCAUCCGGCACAAGCCCACCGCCCCGCUGGACCCCCAAGACCCCCGGUACAGGAGCCCGGAAGAAGGGCAGUGGGAAGAAAACACAAUUGUGUGAAGGUGGGGGCUGGGGGGGGCAGCCUGGCAAGUAAAGCUGAGGCAGGGCAAGUGCUGCCUCCGUCCUGGGGGGUCCGUUGUGUCUACUGUGUGCUUUGUUGGGGGUCCUCCAAGUGGUGGUGCCUGUUUUUUCUCCGUCGAUGUUUUGCGACCCAGCCAGCGGGUCCAAAGAGAGGUCCCGGCGGGGGAGUCCUGGGAGGGGACGGGACCCCUGCGGCUUCCAGGUGGGCCCUGCCUGGGGUUAGAAUCUGCUUCUGACUGACCCCCCCCACUAAUUAACCCAGGGGGUCACAAGAGUGGGUCCCCAGAUGUUGCUGGAUGGCCUUUGGCCAUUGUGCCUGUUGGGGAUGAUGGGAGUGGUAGUCCAACAACACCUUGAGAACAACCCUCCACAUUGAUUCACCUAAGCAGGGAGUUCUCCACUGCACAAGCCUCGGGAUUCGGGAAGGGGCUCCUUGCGCCCAGUGUGGCCUCUGCCCAAACUCUGCCCCGCCCCCUUGCAAUUGCAUGAGUGAGGCUGUGAGGGUUCAGCUGGGUGUCCCUCCUCCUCCCCCCCACCCAGUGCCCAGGCAGUCCUCCCUGGACCCUACAGCAUCCAGAAGGGGAGGGAGCGGCUGGUUCCGGGAGGGGUGGGGCAGCAGGCAGCUCUGCUGCUGGGAUCUGACUGCGCUCUCCAGGAGGAAGAGGAAGAAGAAGCAGUGUGGAGUGGCCACCGGUGGAGUCCAGGCUUCUUUGGGGGCGCUGCAGCUGCAAGCUCAUUUCAGCAGAGGGAAAGGCUCUUUCCAGUGGGCCUCCCCCACCGGGCCUCCCCAGAGGCUGUCCCAGCUACAACUCCCAGGGCCCUUGUGCCUGCUGCUGAGGGGGGUGAUGGGAGCUGGAGUCUGCAAACAUCAGUGCUGCUGGGACCCCCGGCUGGGAAGCCACCUCUGCAGGACUGCCCCCGGCAUGCAGGUGUGGCUGGCUGGGGGGAGGCAGACAGAGGCUCUCUGGGCUGGGGGGGGGCAGCUUGGGUUGCCUCUGGUCCCGAGUGGGCUUCAUGCUCACUUCUGCUGAGCCACUCCCCUUGGAUGGACUGAGCCCAGGAUGAGGCAGCCAUCCCAGGGGCUGCCUUGGGGCCCCAUUCAUUCAGGCAUUCUUUCAUGUACAGCCUGCCAUGUAUAUCUCUAGGCGAAACUCUGGGAGAGGCCAUCCGUGGGGGUGGACAGCAGUGCCAUCAGUAUGCUAAUGACACCCAGCCCUGCCUGUCCUUUAAGUCAGCAGACACCAGGGAGGCAGUGGAUGCUCUGAACUGGGGCUUGGAGGCUGUUACAUAAGAACAGCCCUGCUGGGUCAGGCCCAAGGAGGCCCAUCUAGUCCAGCAUCCUGUUUCGCACAGUGGCCCACCAGAUGCCACCGGAAGGAGUUGAGGGCAUGCCUUCUCUCCUGCUGUUACUCCCUUGCAACUGGUACUCAGAGGCAUCCUGCUUUUGAGGCUGGAGGUGGCCGAUAUAGCCCUCCGACUAGUAGACAUUGAUAGACCUCUCCUCCAUGAAGUUAUCCAAGCCCCUCCUAAAGCCAUCCAGGUUGUUGGCUGUCACCACAUCUUGUGGCAGAGAAUUCCACAAGUUGAUUAUGCGUUGUGUGAAAAAGUACUUCCGUUUGUCGGUCCUAGAUUUCCUGGCAAUCAAUUUCAUGGGAUGACCCCUGGUUCUAGUGUUAUGUGAGGGGGAGAAGAAUGUCUCUCUACUUUCUCUACUCCAUGCAUGAUUUUAUAGACCUCUAUCAUGUCUCCCCACAGUCGUCUCUUUUCUAAACUAAAUAGCCCCAGGUGUUGUAGCCUUGCCUCAUAAGAAAGGUGCUCUAGGCCCCUGAUCAUCUUGGUUGCCCUCUUCUGUACUUUCUCCAGUUUAACAAUGUCCUUUUUUAGAUAUGGUGACCAGAAUUGUACGCAGUCCUCCAGGUGUGGCCGCACCAUAAUUUUGUAUAAGAGCAUUAUAAUAUUAGCCGUUUUAUUUUCAAUCCCCUUCCUACUUGCAGGAUUUGGACCUGACCUCAGUCACUCAUGCUUUGGUAACAUCCAGAUUGGACUACUGCAAUGCGCUCUAUGUGGGGCUGCCCUUGAAUGCGGUUUGGAAGCAUCAGCUGGUUCAGAAUGCUGCUGCAAGGAUGCUUGUGGGAG